CGAAUCCAGAGUGUAGGGUACUUGUGCGCGAGUUCAAAUUAUUUUUGAAUUUUGAUCGGCUCCGCCAUGUCUCAGCACGGCGCCGCGCUGCAGACGUUCAACAUCGAGCUGGUCAAGACGGUGGAGGAGCUGAAGCGGCGCCAGCAGGUACUGGCUGAGGAGACGGCGCGCGAGGAGCGGCACCGCCAGCAGCUGGAGCGGCAGGCGGCCGAGCUGCAGAGCCAGCUGGACCGCUGCACGGCCAGCCUGCGCCACAAACAGCAGCUCAGCAAGGAGUACAACAGGAUCAUCGCCGAGGCCGAGGGCGCCUACCAGAAGAUCCUGGAGAGCUCGCAGGCGCUGCUGUCGGUGGUGAAGCGCGAGACGUCGCACCUGUCCGAGGCCGAGAAGGCCGAACAAAAGAACGGCCGGGAGAUGGACGGCGCCGGCGACGGCCGGGGCAAACACUGACCGCGGCGGGCCGGCGGGCCGGCCAGACGGGGUCGCACAGUCACUGCCAGCGGGACUCCGCACACUUGUGAUAAUAUUCUUGCUAUUGAUAUGUCUGACUGCUCCACUCACCGUCGUUUUUAAGGCGUCUCUGCGCCUGUGUUCACAGAGUGUGAUGUUUAUGCACAUCACAGAGACCGUUUUGUACGCCGUGUUUUAUUACUCAGCACAGCCACAUUUGUAAAUAAACUCGCCCAUUUUA